UUGUUUAACUUAAUUGUAUACAAUAAUCGAUAAAGUUUGUUUCUAUUUAUGUUAUGGUUGGUUAUUUUAUUUUCACCAUUUUCUUAAAUGUCGAACAUUCCUCAUUACCAUAUAUUUGAUGCUGUUUUUUCUGAUUAACUUGACUAAACUUUACCUCGGAAAAAGUUGAUUCUGAUUGAUAUAGUGGCCAAGUUGAUUACUAAUUUAUGUCCAUAAAAUUAACUCCAACCUUCGCCUGACUACAUCAUAAUUCGACUCAGUUGAUACUCUCCACCUCAUAAAAUCAGCUAGCAACUUGGUUUCAUCAUUCAUUCAUAAACAUUGGUACAAGAUAUUAACCCAUUUGUCAAACCUCAUAACAAAUCAUCAGUUAUUCAAUCAGAUUCCCGACAGUGAUCGUAACUGUUAUCACUAGCAUCCAAUAAAAAUCAUAAAGCCUUGCUGAUUUAUCUACGUGUUGACCGGUUUGUCAAAAUGUCUACAAUUGUUGACCCUGCUUUUAAAGUUAUACCCACUCAUCAGACGUUUUUUCUUGUAUGGCGGAUAGAGAAAUUGCAGGUUGUCCCAGUACCUGAAGAACAGUAUGGAACCUUUUAUAAUGGAGAUUCUUACAUCGUUAUUUGUGGUAAUGAUGGCAAGGAAGGUGGCCAUUCCCGAAUGAAACCGAAAGAAGUGAAGGAUGGUUCACUUGAGAUUCAUAUUCACUUUUGGUUAGGAUCAAAAACAUCUCAAGACGAGGCUGCUGUUGCUGCUUACAAAACUGUUGAACUUGAUGAUCACCUUGGAGGUUACCCGAUUCAACAUCGCGAGGUUGAAGGUCAUGAAUCGAAACGUUUCUUAUCAUAUUUUCGUCGAGGAUUAACCAUCCUUGAAGGUGGUGUUGCUUCGGGACUGAAUCAUGUUGAAAAACAAGCUAAACCUCGCUUAUUCCACAUCAAAGGAAAACGUAUUCCUAUCGUUCGUGAAGUGACUCCCAUUUCGUGGGCAUCAAUGAAUCACGGUGAUGUAUUUAUUCUGGACUCUGUGGUAAGAGUUUUUCUCUGGCAAGGAAAUCAGGCUAAUUACAUGGAGAAAAUUCAAGGAGCUAAAAUAGCUCAACAAUUGAAAGCAGAGCAUGGACCAGAAUGUAAUGGCAUUGUAAUUAUGGAAGAUGGAUCUGAAGUUGAAUCAAAAUCCAGCACUGAAAGAGCUGAAUUUGAGAACUAUUUGCCAUUGUCACAAAAGGAAGAUUCAAUUGGUAGUUCUAAGAAUGAUCAAGAGGAUGAACGAAUUGAAAGAGCUUCUCUAAAAUUAUACAAAGUUUCAGAUGAAAGCGGCUCCCUAAAGAUCAUUCAUGUUAAUACAAGUCCGUUAUCAAAGGAAGAUCUCAACUCACAGGAUUGUUUUAUAAUCGACAAUGGAUCCGCUGGAAUAUGGGUUUGGAUUGGUAAAGGUGCCACACCAAAAGAAAGAAUAGAAUCGAUGAGAAAUGCUCAAGGAUUUAUUAUCAAGAAAAAUUAUCCCAACCAUACUCCAGUUACUCGGGUCAUCGAUGGUGGUGAACCAAUAGACUUUAAAUCGUUAUUUAAAUCUUGGAAUGAAGCUAAUUCUACUAUUGGUUUAGGUAAAACUUAUUCUGCUGGUGGUAAAGUGGUUACAUUGAAAGAUUUGGAAAAGCUGAUGCCUAAAAAUAAACUUGAUAUUGCCAAACUUCACGAGAAUCCAUCUUUAGCUGCAGAAGUUCAAAUGUUUGAUGAUGGAUCUGGAGAUAAACAAAUUUUUCGCAUAUGUUCAUUCGACCUUGUUCCAGUUGAAUCUAAUGAUUAUGGAAACUUUUUCUCCGGUGAUUGUUACAUUAUUGUUUACACUAGUGCAACAAAAGUCAAUGUUAUCUAUUAUUGGAUUGGUAAUUGUUCGUCUGUUGAUGAGCGAGGUGCUGCAGCCAUGAUGACUGUUCAAUUGGAUAACGAACGUUUUAAUGGAUCAGCCGUUCAAGUUCGAGUCAGUGAGGGUAAAGAACCACCUCAUUUCACCGCGAUUUUUGGUGGUAGAAUGGUAAUCUACAAAGGUGGACACAAAAGUGGCUUUAGAUAUGCAAUUUCAACUGGUGAUUCAACUAAAGACAGGUGUUUACUUCAGGUUAGAGGAACCAAUAAAUUUGUCACUCGAGCAGUUGAGGUUGAUUGCGAGGCCAGUUCACUCAAUUCGAACGAUGUUUUUGUCCUGUUUACACCAAGUACUGUUUACAUCUGGGCCGGCAAAGGAAGUACUGGAGAUGAAAGAGAAAUGGCAAGAUUAUGUGCAAAGCGAGAUGAAGGUGGACGAGAAGUUAUCUCGGUCUCAGAAGGCCAAGAAAAGUCUGAUUUUUGGGAUGCCAUCGGUGGACAACAAGCUUAUUCCCAAGAAAAAUUACUGGAAUCAAGUGAACCUCCACAUCCAAUCCGAUUAUUUCAAUGUUCCAACUCAAAAGGCUACUUUUAUCUUGAAGAGAUUUAUGAUUUCAACCAAACUGAUUUGAUUGAAGAAGAUGUUAUGCUAUUAGAUACAUGGGAUACAAUCUUCGUUUGGAUCGGAUCAAAAAGCAAUACAGAAGAAAGAAAUCGAACAAUUGAGACUGUAGAAGAUUACUUGAGAGCUGAUCCAACUGGACGAGAUUUGGAAACUCCUAUUGUCAUAGUGAAACAAGGAUCGGAACCACCUAAUUUUGUCGGUUUCUUUGGUUCAUGGGAUCGCAAUUAUUGGUCUCAGAUAAAUAGAUAUGGUGGGGACACUACUUUUGAUCUUGCCUCAACCGAUGUCAAAGCAUUGAAAAAAUUAGUAACAAGUAAUAGCGUCCCUCCUUGCAUGGCUGUUGAUUUCAAUAGCAGUGCUAAAUAUCCUUUAUCAACCCUUAGAGUUAGAGAUGCCUUGGAAUUGCCUGCUGAUGUUGAUCCCACCAAAAAAGAGGUUUAUCUGACAAAUGAAGAGUUUAAUCAAGUAUUUGGAAUGAAUUUUCAAGAAUUUCAAUCUCUACCAAGAUGGAAACAGAUAGAUUUAAAGAAAAAAGUUGGAUUAUUUUGAUCAAGAAACUCUUAUCUUUAUAUUCAAAUUACCGACCAAUUUUACCAGAUCCGGCCUAAUUUACUUAUUGGCAGUCAUUAAUCAAUUUUAUCUAAACGGCUCAAACGGAGAGUCAAUGGAAACUGGGCAUUUAUUAUUGUUUGCAAUGUUGAAAAUUUAAGGGAAAAUUCAAAUUUAAAACUAUUAUAUUUCACCAAUUAUUAUCUGUUACACUUAAUUGAAACUUAUUUUAAUUCAAUUGUCCAAAAUUAUCUCAAGUGCCUAUCCAUGUCUACAAAAAUUCGGAUAUCAGUAUUGAACAUGUAACCAUUUUAAACAGUUAAUAAACUUUAAUCUUUACUUAAA